AUGGCUGCGCGCUUCAUCUGGAGGGGGCCUCCAGAGGAUUUUGUAUCCCACCACUUAUACCAGGGUAUUGUGCGUCCUCUGAGGCUUUAUCAAUUGGCAAUCGAGAAAAGCCGCUCUGGUGCUCUGAACUAUCGGGCUCGUGGAUCACUCGUCGCCUGGAUUGUCGCAUAUGCCGUCUCCGAAGUUGCGAGUAGUCGCCCCCUCGAUUUGACCCCGCGAUGA